GAUGGAGAAGUUGUGAUCGCGCUCGUUGAGGGCAAACUAGCGUAACUGAUCCAGAAACAGUUAGAAGCCCGUAUUUGGAAUUUUUAUUGACUGCAGAUAACGAGAGGCUCAGUUUCUGUGUUCCUUAAGCUGCACCGUAGCGUGUCCACCCAGGGAGUGCUGCCUUCUCGCCCGGCGCUUCUGCACCUGUUUACACGUUAAAUAAAUAAAUAAACAAACACACACACAGCCAAGCCACCAACCAACUGCUGGGAUAACUUUUUUUUUUUUUGUUUUCUUAAUUUUCUGACGUGCAUGCUUAACGCCGGUUAUGGCUCCUUCGCAGAAGUGUUCGUGAGGUUCCCUGAAAUUCAAAAGCAUGAUCAUGUGCUGGCGGCUAGUAGUUGUUGUUGUUGUUCUUUGCUGCUCGAGCACGAAUCAUGUGGUGAUUUGGGCCAGGAACGGCACUCAGCAGCAGGCGUUCAGACCCAACAUCGUGAUGGUGAUGUCCGAUGCCUUUGAUGGAAGGCUGACCUUUCGUCCUGGCGCUGACGUGGUACAGCUGCCGUACAUCGGGUACCUGAGGGAGCGGGGGGUCGUCUUCCUCAACGCCUACACCAACUCCCCCAUCUGCUGUCCGUCCAGAGCAGCUAUGUGGAGUGGUCGCUUUGUACAUCUGACUCAGUCAUGGAAUAAUUUUAAGUGUCUGGAUAAAAAUUACACCACAUGGAUGGAUAUUCUACAGGAGAAUGGAUAUCGCACCAAGAGCUUCGGAAAGCUGGAUUUCACCUCUGGUGGCCAUUCCGUUAGCAAUCGCGUCGAGGCCUGGACUCGAGAUGUGCCGUUCCUGCUUCGACAGGAGGGUCGUCCGGUGACUGACCUCACGGGCGACGCUUCCACCGUGCGGGUUAUGACCAAAGACUGGAAUACGACGGACAGCGCGGCCCGGUGGAUCCGACACACUGCCGCAUCGCUUUCCCAGCCUUUUGCCCUGUACCUGGGUCUGAAUCUGCCUCACCCCUACCCCACAGACUCGCUGGGGCCCAAUGCUGGGGGCUCCACCUUUCGCUCCUCCCCCUACUGGCUGAAAAAGGUGUCACGUCAGCUCAUUUCUCUUCCCAAAUGGCUCCCCGUGGAAGAGAUGCAUCCUGUCGAUUACUACUCCACCUUCACCAAGAACUGCAGCAGCAACUUCACGGAGGAGGAGGUUCGAGACAUCCGAGCCUUCUACUAUGCCAUGUGCGCAGAGGCAGACGCCAUGCUGGGUGAGGUUGUGUCUGCCCUGUCAGAUGUCGGGCUUCUGUCCACUACGCUGUUAAUGUUCACCUCUGACCAUGGUGAGCUGGCUAUGGAGCACAGGCAGUUCUACAAAAUGUCCAUGUUUGAGGGAAGCUCCCACGUUGCAUUGCUCAUGGCUGGUCUGGGAAUGAAAGCUGGCCUGGAGGUACAGCAGCCCGUCUCGCUGGUGGACAUCUACCCGACAGUCCUGGAUCUGACUGGAGUCCCUGUACCUGUGGGUGUCAGUGGUCAUUCCCUCUUACCUCUGAUGUACCAGAGCUCCUUAUCUGGGGAUAGGGUCCACCCAGGCUGGGUGCUCAGUGAGUACCAUGGCUGUAAUGCCAAUGCGUCGACUUACAUGCUGAGGACAGGACCAUGGAAAUACAUUGCCUAUGAUGAUGGGUCCAGUAUCCCCCCACAGCUUUUUGAUCUGUCCAGUGAUGAAGAGGAGCUGAAAAACGUGGCAGCCCGGCUCCCCCGGCUGUGCCAGCAGCUGGACAAAGCGCUGCGUUCCAUCGUGAACUAUCCCAGCGUUUCCCAGGCCGUGCAUCGCUACAACAGGCAGCAGUUCGGCGCGUGGAGGGACAGUCUUGGGGAGAACUACAGCAGCACCAUUGCUAGUCUGCGGUGGCAUCGAGACUGGCGCAAGGACCCAAGAGGCUAUGAGAGAGCCAUUGACGAGUGGCUGGGUGUGUCUGCAUAGGCUGCUCAUUUGCAUAUGCAAAUGUAAAUGCAAAUGUACUGUAUGUCUCCCGUGUCCCU